GAAGUGAUCAGCACUAUAGUCUGUAGCCAAACCAUUUUACAACUCUAAAAAUGGCAGAUACCAAUGAACUCAUCAUGCCUUCUUCCUCACACAUUGCUCUCCUUCCAAGCUCUGGAAUGGGACAUCUCACACCUUUCCUUCGCCUCGCUCAUUUACUCGCUUCGUGUAAUGUCAAGGUCACCUUCAUCACUCCAGAGCCAACUGUCUCACUAGCUGAGUCUCAGAUUUUGUCUCACUUUUUCUCUGCCUUCCCUCAAAUUUGUCAAGAAAAACUUCAUCUUCUUCCACUUGACAAUUUUUCUGCAAGUUCGGAAGAUGACCCUUUUUACCACCAUAUUGAAGUCAUUCGACAGUCUUCACGACUUCUCUCUUCUCUUCUCUGUUCAGUAUCUCCACCUCUCUCUGCUCUUGUAACAGACAUGAGUUUGACAGCUGCAGUGGUUCCAAUCACUGAAGCUCUUAAAAUUCCCAACUUCAUUUUCUUCACAUCAUCUGCUAAAAUGCUAACACUUUUUGUGUCUUUCCACACACUAGCUGGUUCAAAGGCUAAUGCAAACUCAUAUGAGAUGGAUUAUAUCAAGAUUCCAACUUUAGAACCAAUACCCAGAUCAUGGAUUCCCCCAUCACUUCUACAAGAUACAAAUAAUCUCCUGAAGACUUACAUUAUAGAGAAUGGUAAAAGCAUGACAAAAUCAGAUGGAAUUCUUGUCAACACAUUAGAGAGUAUUGAGCAAAGUUCAUUGCUAGCACUAAAUGGUGGCAAAGUCAUAGAGGGGUUACCAUUAGUCACCGCCAUCGGGCUUCUUCCGCCGCUCUAUUUUGAAGACCACCAACCACUAGCAUGGCUUGAUGAUCAACCAGCAGGGUCUGUGGUGUAUGUUAGCUUUGGUAGUAGGACUGCUAUCACAAGGGAACAGCUCAGAGAGCUGGGAAAUGGAUUGGUGGGAAGUGGUUGUGGUUUUGUGUGGGUGGUUAAAGAUAAGAAAGUUGAUCGAGAAGAUGGUAAAGAGUUGGUCAAUGUAAUCGGAGAUGAACUUAUGGAGCGUGUUAAAGAAAAGGGAAUGGUGGUGAAGCAUUGGGUGAACCAAGAGAGCAUCUUGAAACACCCAGCAGUAGGUGGAUUUUUGUCUCACUGUGGCUGGAAUUCAGUGACUGAAGCUAUGUGGCAUGGUGUUCAUGUUUUAGCAUGGCCGCAACAUGGAGACCAGAAAAUUAAUGCAGAUCUGGUGGAGAGGAUUGGACUGGGGACAUGGGAGAAGAGUUGGAGCUGGGGAGGUGGGGAGAUAGUGAUGAGGGAGCAGAUUGCAGAAAAAAUUAAGGAGGUGAUGGGGAAUAAGUUACUGAGAUCACAAGCAAUGCGCAUUAGAGAAGAAGCUAGGAAUGGAAUAGAACUUGGUAGAGGUUCUAAGAAGGGGCUGACUGAGCUCAUUAAGAUGUUGAAGAAAGAACGAAGUUGAUGAUGUUCUAAUGUAUCU